AUUCAUUGAAACCAGUGAUAUAUCUUAAGGAAGAUAUAAUUUACAAAGCCAGUAUCGAAGAUGAUUGUAUGUAUUUUAUAGCCAGCGGAACUGUUGUACUAAUCACAUUCUCUGGAAAAGAAAUAUAUCAUCUUCACGAUGGUGAUCACUUUGGCGAGGCUGGCUUGAUUUAUUCAAAUAAACGUAGAGAGGAAUCAGUUAUCGCUUUAGAAGUGUGCGAGCUGCUUCGCUUGCAUCGUCGCGAUUUCAAGCGUCUUUUUACCGCAAAUUCGGAAUUUUAUAACAUCUUGGAACAUAUCGCGCGAGAACGUUCAAAAAAAAUCAAGACUCUGGAAGAACAGAAUUUUGAAAUAAUCAAGCAGUAAUUUUUAUAGCUGGAAUUUUAGUUGUAAGUAAGGUUUCAUCGAUUGUGCAUAAAAAUUGAUUUUUUUUUCUAAAAAUUUUAUUUUAAAAAUAAAUAUA